AUGGGCUGCGCUAGAGUAGCGCUUCCUCCUUCACUGUUGACUAAUGGGUCUCUCUCGUCUUCUCAAAAUACCUCCAUUACGAAGCUGAACAGUUUGGUAAAGGUCAGUGAUCCUGGUGGUUAUAAAUGGCGGCUUGUGAUUGCCUACGAUGGCACCAAAUUUGCAGGAUGGCAAUAUCAGGAGUCACCACCAACGGUCCAAUCAAUGUUAGAGAAAGCCUUAAUUCAGAUAACAAAGCUCGGAAGAAAAGAGCUGCUUCUAGUUGGAGCAGGUAGGACUGAUGCAGGAGUUCACGCUUGGGGUCAGGUAGCUCAUUUUGUUACUCCUUUCAAUUAUACUAGUUUGGAUAGCAUUCACGCUGCUUUAAACGGUCUGCUUCCUCAAGAUAUCCGUGUCAGAGAGAUUAGUGCAGCGGUUCCUGAGUUCCAUGCUCGGUUUUCUUGCCGUGGCAAGGUUUACCGCUACCAGAUAUACAACGACACUUUCAUGGACCCGUUCCAGCGUCAUUUGGCUUACCACUGUGCUUAUAAACUGAAUGUUUAUCAAAUGCGGGAAGCUGCAAAACUUUUUGUUGGAAAGCAUGAUUUCUCUGCAUUUGCUAACGCUACACGGGAAGAUGGAGUACCUGAUCCAUUGAAAACUAUAUCCCGCUUCGAUGUCAUUCAAAUGGGAUCUCUUCUACAGCUUGAAGUUGAAGGUACUGGCUUUUUAUACAGACAAGUCAGAAACAUGGUAUCUUUGCUGAUUCAAAUUGGAAAAGAAGCAUUGGAUUCAGACAUUGUCCCAAUGAUUCUUGAAACCAAAGACCGGAGGGAGCUUGCAAAGUAUACAACAUUGCCUGCACCGCCUCAUGGUCUUUCUCUUGUGUCUGUUAAGUAUAAGGAAGAUCAUCUACAGCUUCCACUAGGUUGUCCUGUAACUAGUUUUGGUAGACAUUAUACUAUAACAAAAUGUAAACUUCCCUUCUAUUGA